UAGGAAGAGAGAGUUUCAGCAAUGGCUGGGAUCCGGAAAUUGGGGCUGGCAGAGGCUUUAGCGCUGGGGCCUGGCUGGCGGCAUGCCUGUCACGCACUGCUCUAUGCACCCGACCCGGGGAUGCUCUUCGGCCGCAUCCCGCUGCGGUACGCAGUGCUGAUGCAGAUGCGCUUUGAUGGGCGCCUGGGCUUCCCAGGCGGCUUCGUGGACUCUCAGGACAGCAGCCUGGAGGACGGACUCAACCGUGAAUUGCGCGAGGAGCUAGGGGAGGCAGCGUCCGCCUUCAGCGUGGAGCGCGCAGAAUACCGCAGCUCACAUGCAGGGGCCAGGCCGCGCGUGGUAACGCACUUUUAUGCGAAGCAACUGACGCUGGAGCAGCUGGAGGCAGUGGAAGCCGGAGCACCAAGAGCCAAGGACCAUGGGCUGGAGGUGCUGGGCCUGGUGCGGGUACCCCUGUACACCUUGCGGGAUGGUGUGGGAGGCCUUCCUGCCUUCCUGGAAAAUUCCUUUAUUGGCGCUGCCCGGGAGCAGCUACUGGAAGCCCUGCAGGACUUGGGACUCCUAGAAUCUGGAUCUGUCCCGGGCCUUAAGACUCCAGUUCAUCAGUAAAGGCAGAACCUGAGAUCAGGACCUUGGUAGAGGGCUGAAGAAGAAGGGGUGUCUCUUCUGGGCCUGAGAGAGGACAGGUGAUGCAUUAAAAGAGGGAGAUGUGAGUACAAUGUUUUGAGCAGAGGGCUCUCCCAAAUGCAAUGGGCAGAGAUCCACAGCUCACCCAAGGGGCCCUUACAGUCUCAUUCAGCUCUCUCCCUAUGCAUAUGUGCCCAGUGUGGAACCCCCAUGCGUGCACAUGUCCAGUUAGGACCACACAGGGUUUGACAUGCCACUACCCCAGCAUGUCUAACUAGGAAGUGGCAGUUGAGCCUGCCUUGCCACCAUCCCUUCUCCUUCCUGGGCAAUGGAGCGUCUCUUUCCCCUGUCCUCCAUGGCUAGUCUCCAGGGUCUGACGCAGUCCAUGCUGGUUGGGAAGACUAGUGUGAGGGUCCUCUGUGCCCUGGGAAUGCUCCCACCCUUAUCUGAAACUGUGACAGAGCCCUUCAACACCCCAGAGCAAGGGGUGGACAAACAGCUCUUAAAGGACCGGAGGAUAAAUGUUCUAAGUCAUGUGUGCCAUGUGUUUGCAAUUUUGAUGUAGAAGGGAAAGUAAGAUUAAUAUUAAUUGGAUACCUGUUUACUUGUUAAGUGUUUACAUGGAAAUAAAUAUUAAACUGAUACAGUUCUAGUUUGAUAUUUUUA